GAUUACCUUAUAGUUAUAUUUGAUGGAUGGAUAAAAAUAUCAGGGGACAGAGUUCUGCUCCUCCCUGCCCACCUCUGUCAGUGCGCGGAGUCUCGCAGGAUAUGGGCCGUGGCAGUUUACUUACUGUAAGCUCCUGUCUGCUUGUCUUUACGUAAACAGGUGAGACUCGUUAGGCCUUGGGCUACAAACACUAGACACCAAACUCUAAUGAUGAGGUGGCUCUUAGUUAGCCAAUGGGGGUCGGACUGUAGAAUGUCACAUCCGUAUAGGAUAUCAAAGGUUCACUCACUAGGACUAGUACACCAUUUUAAACACUAUCAUAAGAUUAACCUUAUCAGUAGGUUUAAUUGAAAUAUCCAUUAACUAAAAGGGUGUAGUGUUUUAGAUCAGUUUCAGUCAAAUGGUAUAUGAAUAAACCAGCCAUCAUCUAUCGCUGUGUAGGCUAUUUCCACAUAGUCUAAUUGUUGACAAUAUGCAUUUUUGUUACGGGUCUCAUAUGUCUCCAAACUUCAGUUCAGUGUAGGACUGCAGUGGGCCGUGUGAUAUACAAUAAAGACCUGUCUCUUUAAGACGAAGCCGCGAUGUGUUGUGAAGUUCAAGUGGGGGUCAGUUCUAGUUCCUGCCCUCGAGUUUACCUUUUAGUUUUAUUAAAGACUGACAUCACAUGGGGCGCUAAAACACUUAGGGUGCAUAGAGGCUCCAUUAUCAUCCCCGCGCACGUUAUUGCCUCGACACAAAAAAAUUGCCGAGGAAAUUACAAAAAUAAAAUAGGAGGAAACUGAUGGUGGACUAAGCACGUAUUUUUUUUAUAGGAAGGGGUGAGAAAGAGGGAGAGGGAGGGGCAGGGAGAGCGAGCGAGAGAGAGAGAGAGAGAGGACGAAGAGAGUAACAAGAAAUUCAUAGCAAUUAAUAAUAAAAAGAGUUGGCAGUCGUGCUUGGAAAACUGGCAUGGUUUUUGGAGGCUGGCAGUUCAAAGUUGAAACGUCAGAAAUUACUCCAAAAGACUGUUGAGAUGAUCAUUAAGGGAGACUUAGAUCGGAUGGCAGAAGAGAUCGGGCAUCCAGAUAUCUGCUGUUUUAGGUGGCGGUCUGACGACGAUGCUCCAUGCCAUGGAAGUCCCAAGUCAUGCUAGGCACCUCCUCCUGCAACUCAACACCCAGCGCACCAAGGGCUUCCUGUGUGAUGUCAUCAUCGUGGUGCAGAACGCGUUGUUCCGAGCCCACAAGAACAUUCUGGCCGCCAGCAGCCUCUACCUGAAGUCCCUGGUCGUCCAUGACAACCUCAUCAACCUAGACCACGAGAUGGUGAGUCCCGGGGUGUUCCGGGUCAUUCUAGACUACAUCUACACGGGCCGCCUUACCGAAGGAGACCCCAGCUCCCCAACAGAGCCCAACCUGGGGGCCGUGCUGGCUGCAGCUAGCUAUCUGCAGCUGCUGGACUUAGUGGCGUUGUGUAAGAAGAAGCUGAGGAGAAAUGAGAAGUGCCCUCUCCGCCCCACUCCUGCCUUUCUGCGGUAUGGGAAGAUGGGCCCCAAUAGUUUGGGUUUAGGGGGAGGGGGCAGGUAUCGGGUGUCCACCCCUGUUAUUCAGUCCUGCUACCCAGGGGGAGUUGGGAACACCCACACGCCCCGUGCCCCACCACUAGAGGAGCUGCCGCUGCACCCCCAUGCCAUCCAUGCAGGGGAGCUGUAUGCCCCCACCUCUUCACAGGGCCCUCAGGUGUUCCCCUCCACACCCUCAGCCCUGCCUGCCCAGCCCAGCCUGCGCCCAGCCCACUCUGACAGGAACUGCUCCCCCAUCUAUGGCCUGGACCUCUCCAAGAAGAGUCCCAACUCCCAGUCCCAGAACACGCCCUCCCACCCCCACCUGGCUCAUGCCCUGCCCCACAACGAUGAGGAUCGGGAGGGGGGGCUGAGCGGCCGCACUAGCCCCAUGCUGGGGGCCAACGGCGGGGCCUACCCCACAGAAAAGAUGGAAACGGCUGAUCAGGCUGGGUCUCUCCCACUUCACUCCUACCCCCACCUCAACCAGCCCCUCGGGCCCCACCUGCCCCACCUCCACCGCUCCAGCUCCCAAGGUCCAGACCACUACCCAUGCCCCCCCAGCCCCGACACCCCCACAGAGGCUGGAGAGCCCAGCAGGGAGGUGGGCAACAUCUACCGCUGGGUGAAGCAUGAGCCACUGUCAUACACAGCUGAGGAUGAAGAGGAUGAGGAGGAUGAGGAGGAAGGGGGUCGAAACGGAGACCAAGACCACCAGCAUCACAACCACCAUCAUAAGGCAGGGGAGGAGAGCGAUGAUCGCUACCGUAGGGUGGGCUGUGACGGGGAGGAUGAGAAGAGUGGCUCAGGCAGUGAGGAGACAGGCAGUAGUGAGGGUCGACCAUCACCCACAGGGGCCAUGGGGAGGUUCCACCUACCCUACGAGCCUGAGAGCUUUGGGGACAACCUGUACGUGUGCAUCCCCUGUGACAAGGGCUUCCCCAGCUCUGAGCAGCUCAACGCCCACGUGGAGACCCACACAGAGGAGGAGCUGUACUCUGGAGGGGAGAUGGGUAGCAGCAACAGCAACCCCAAAAACAACAGCAGCAACAGCAACGGUAACGGCAGCCUGGGCAGCCUGUCCUACCUGGAGGUGAAGUCCAGCCAGAGCCUGACCCCUGGGGUCCUGGGGGAGAUCAUCAGACCCUAUCGCUGUAACUCCUGUGAGAAGUCCUACAAGGACCCGGCCACGCUGCGCCAGCACGAGAAGACCCACUGGCUGACAAGGCCCUACCCCUGCAGCAUCUGUGGCAAGAAGUUCACCCAGCGCGGCACCAUGACCCGCCACAUGCGCAGCCACCUGGGACUCAAGCCCUUUGCCUGUGACCACUGUGGCAUGCGCUUCACCCGCCAGUACCGCCUCACAGAGCACAUGCGCAUCCACUCCGGGGAGAAGCCCUACGAGUGUCAGGUGUGCGGGGGCAAGUUCGCCCAGCAGCGAAACCUCAUCAGCCACAUGAAGAUGCACAGCAGUGGGGGGGCCGGAGGGGCUCUGACGGCCGACGGCAAGCUGAAGCUAGACUUUGCGGAGGGGAUUUACCCCCUGAGUAAAUACGCAGCAGAGCACCUGGGGCUGAAGCAGGAGAAGGCCUCAGAGCUACUGGCAGAGCAUGCCAUGGAGAGCCUGUUCCCGCUGUCCAAACUGGCAGCAGAACACCUGCGCCUCAACCACCAUGACAAGAUGGAUGUCCUGGGGAUCCAGGCCCUGCCCCCUCCCCCAGGGUCCCUCUCUGACUCCCACUCCCGUAUCAUUGACCGCUACUCCCCCAGCUAAGAUGGCCUUGGCUACCACACGGUCCUGUGUGCACACAACUUAACUUACAGUAUUCUAACGUCAUUCACCUCAACUUCAUCAGUAUCUGCACCUCAGACUAAGGCCAAUACCUGGCCUAAAGAAUGCACACAAUCUGUGUAGACUCCUAUAAGUGCCUUUCUUUCCAAAGUUUGCAUUAUAUGCAUUUCAAAAACCUUCCUAGAGGAACUGUGCUAUUUCUAUUAUAUUUUGACCAAGGAAUACCCACUCAAAACAGUGUAGAAUUGAUCUAUACGUAAACAAGGUUUUUUUUAUUAAACCACCGAGCCAAAAAGAAAUUGAGAACCAAAAAGCAAUUGUUUUUAUUUAUUUUUUUAUGCGUAAUGAAAAACCAAAGAAACUGUUGCAAGAAAGUGUUGCAAUCAGACCCUAAACCUGUGUACUAAAUGUACUAUUGUACUAUUACUGUUGUAAAUGUAUAUAACAUGGAAAAAAGCACAUAUGGACAUGAUUCAGGGCUCCUGUCCAGAACUGAAAGGAACGCUGCACAAAAGAAAAAGCCAAACCUUUGGGAUUUGCAAGUGAUUGGACCACUUCAUUUAGUUUUUGGGGUACUGGAUUUCCUCUGUAUCUUCCUGUUCAGUCUUACCCCAUGCUCCAGCUGUUCUAGUCAUGAGGGAGUGAAUAACGGAAGACAGCAUUCGCUCCGCCAUUUAAGUCAAGUGAUCUAUGCUUUGUUUUUCCACCGUUGUUACGUACUUCAUGAUCAUGAUGUUGUGUACAGAGAGACUCAUAUUAAAUAAUAGUAGCUUACUGACUCUUACACCCAGUGCCAUAACCCUUUGAACCCAUAACCUCUCUUUUGACUUGCAUCCCAGUGCCUUCAAAUUGUUAUUGAAAAGUAGCGAGGAGCACAACCCUGUGAUUUCACAACUGGGACGCAUCAUGGUGCAUACCCAACUGAUGACACGCCAAUCCUCCUCCAUGGCUUCAACAUCCAGUGGUGUGGAGUGUAGACUAAGCAUGGGUGUUGCCUGUGACAUUGUGUAAUAUUUACAAUGGUGGGUGCAGCUGUACAACUCACCAGAGGAGAGCACAGAGAGGCCAUCCAAGUCAGUGCCGAGAGGCUAGAGUCAAUUACCACCAAUCAGUCACUACCAAUAGCAGCAAUUCCCUCUAACACAGAUGAUGAAUCAGGACUGACAAUUGUCCCAUACUGCAGAUAAAUAGUACUAACCACUUUAAAACCUUUUGACCACCCCCAUGCAGUCACAACUCUGUCUGAGAGAUAGAGGGCCGUGCUAUCAUUGACAGGCCAGAGUGACUUCUCCGCUGCUGCCCUAAUACACACACGUUCACACACACACAGGGACUGGGAGCUGCUAAUGUGACGGCGUUGUGAACAUGAGAGCUGGGCGCUAGCUGCCUCUGACAGUGCUCUGCUCGUGGUGCGGCGGCAGGCCGGGCCGUCGUUGUGGGUGAACAGCACAGCACACCCCAGCUGCUGGCCUCCCAGUCUUCCAGUAAUCCCUGUGAAAUCUCACAUUCUCCCUGACAAUUCACACUGUCUAUUGGCCUGACGGCCCAUUUCAUGCCUGCCAUACAGCCCCUCUGAUCCACACCAUGACAAGACAUCCGAGUACUGCCGAGUCCUACAUCUGCCCUCCUCUGCCUCUCUGCCUCUCUGCUAGCAGGCUAUCAAACAUGGCACAAUACAGUACAGUAGCAUGUCUCAAUAUCACCUGACCAGAUCCUUUAGAAAACAAUCAGCACUUAUGGGUUUGAACGCACUUAUUGUUUUGCAAUUUAAAAAACAAAUGUAUUCCAAGGAGCAUGCUGGCUUUUUCUUUUUCUACGUUGUCGGACCUUGUGUCAGAUUGGAGUUUGUUGACCACUAUAGUGCCAAUGCCAACCUCAGUAGGUUAAUGUGAAGACUAAAGCCAUGAAUGCACUGUGAUAGACUUAGUGAAUCUUAAAACCUUAGCUUGGAGACUGAGACAGUAAGCCCUAGUAUUGUGGGAUUGUAUUAAUGUACAACAUUAAUUGAAGGGCUUUAUUCUGUAGCAUAAUGAGCAUAUCAAGGUGUGUUUUUCUGUCCCAUAUUUUCUUUCUCUUUCUUUAGAUUUUGAACCAAAGCAAAGUGAAACUGGUGCUUACCUCAGGACUGAACCCAGCAUGGGGACGCAACACUUUAGCUACACAGCAAUCAACCAAGCAAACACACACGUACACACUUAGAUACAAGCAGAUACAGAUCUACACACAUUUUUAUUUGGACAUUUUUUAUUUUGAAGGGACAAUAGUCCUGUGUUAAACUUGUGGUUAUUUCAUGGUUAUGAGAUGUUUUACUUGUCUUACAAUUUUGUUGAUAAUGUGAUAUUAACAUUUUCUGCUUUUAUCUUAAUAUUUUUUGUAAAUGUUCCUAUUUUACUGCCCUCAGAGGCUUUGUGUGGUUCAGACCAAUGACAUUAUCUUAAUAAGGAAAAGUCAAGCUGGUGAUCUUCUUUAAUUCAACAGAAUAUACAAAUGUACAUGUUGAUAAGGCUUGUAAGACAAGACCUAAGGCAAUACCUCUGGUUCCAAAGAAACAUAUAAACCCUCUAUGUGAAUUAGGUAUUUUAUUUUUCACCCGAAGCCUUAAUGUUUAGUGACGUGUUUGGUUGCACACGAUUUCCCUAAACUGAUAAACAGCGGCUGGGCUGUGAGUGGGUGAGAGCUAUAGCCUGAAGAUGUUUGACCCAUUUCUCUGGAGGGGGUUUGUGAGCUGAUGUUGAUGAUACUCAGACUAAGGCUGUGUGUGUGUAUUCAUACACAAACACACUUUAAGCUAGCUUGUUUCCAGCCUACGUGGAACACAAAAAUCCACACUUGUCUCCAAAGUUAAUUUAGAAAAAUAGUCUCCAGCUGUUUUGUUAUAACAAAAUAAACUAGUUUAAAUGACAGGGGCAGUGGACAAUUUCAAUCUUCUAUUUAUCAUGGCAGUAUGAGGUUGGACCACAGACAUGUGAAGUCCCAUAGACAAGAGGUAACAGCCCAUUUUAAGUGGAUGUCGAUGGUGGGGAUAUAAAUCUCUCCUGCUCAUUCUCUCUCAUUCAUUAGUUCAAUAUCACUGAAAGUCUAUCUCCCACUUUCCUUUUUUUGCACCGUUAAAACAAGAAAAAAUGUGUUUCCACUGACACUCCGAAUCUGUACAGGAAGAGAGAGCAGGAUAAUGUUCAGCGUUACUGUUCUGAAAUUACGCUUUAUAUAAAGGGAAAGGGAAGGUGGGAUACCUAGUCACUUGCACAACUGAAUGCAUUCAACUGAAAUGUGUCUUCCGCAUUUAACCCAACCCCUCUCAAUCAGAGAGGUACGGGGCGCUGCCUUAAUCGACAUCCACGUCUUCGGCGCCUGGUAAAGUUGGGUUAACUGCCUUGCUCAGGGGCAGGGGGGCCGUGUGUGUGUGUGUGUGCGUGCGUGCAUGCGAGUUUAAAGGGAGAAGUGUUGGGUUGUCUGUUUGUGUCCACAUGUUAUUUGAGUAUAUGAAUGGCUGUUAAUGUAUGCUCUGGGAAUAGUUCUGGUGUGAAGGAGAGCAGAGGUGUGGAGGAGCAGGAAGUGAACUCUUGGCUGGGCUUUAGUGUUGAGCAGGAUGUGCAGUGUGUUUCUGCUCGCAGACCGAUAGAGACACAGAUAAAGAUUGGGAGGGAGAAGGGAGGGAGAGGAGCAUGGAGAGCUCAGCAGGGUGGACAUGAGCCCAUUGUUUAAAUAUGAAAGACUGAUCUUACUUCUAAACCUCUCCAUUCAGAAAACGUUAAGAGCCUCCCUAUCUUCUUUUUCCCCUCUUCCUUCCUUCCUUUCUUUAAAAAAAAUUUAAACGGGAGGAAACCCCUGUCCACUCUUAUAUUGUACAGUGCUGUUCUUACUGUGCUCUACUUCCAGAAAGGUCCAAUGCAGCCGUUUUUAUUUAAAUAUUACAAUUUCUGGGUAACAAUUAAGUACCUUACUGUGAUUGUUUUCAAUCGAAAUGGUAAAAAAAUAAAAAGAAGCUUCUUAGCAAAGAGCAAUUUCUCAAACAAGUCUGUCUGGGAGGGGUCUGAGUGGGGAGGGGAAAACUGAAAACUAGCUGUUAUUGGCAGAGAGGUUUGGAACUCUCUUUCUUAUUGGUCUAUUAACUAAUUUAGGCUGACCAAAACUCCAUCCCACCAAAACUUUUCAAACAGCUCUUACACCAAAAGGGCAUUCUCAUAAUUUUCACAAUUUCACAGUAUUAUUCCAACCUGGUAGUGUGAAAAAUAUAUAUAUAAAACACAGGAAAAUCACGAUUUUGACUGCACUGGUCUUUUAACAACCACUUUCAUAAGCUUAUUACCAAAGAAAACAUCCUACUUUGUGGUGUACUUUUAGCACAGCCAGUUCAGAAGAGGGCUCUCUAUGACAUAACUGGUUAGGAAAAAGAAGAGCAGCCUCCCUCCAUAUCACCACUAUUACAGUUAACAUUUACUAUACAAUAUCUGCCAAGAGAACGUUAGCAUUUUGUUGACAGUGCUAGGGCUCAAUACAAGACAGGAGAAAAAUAAAGCUCUGUCAGUUUUAAUGCAGAGACAAUAUUUUCAGAAUUAUUUAAUUGGGAUAUUCUGUGCCUCAUUCUUGCCUUGCAGGCUGACUUUGCCUUAUAAGAAAAACAAGCAAUACUAAUACUAGCAUUCAAUGCAGACUUGUUGUAACUCUUCUGGUCAAUGUUCAUAUUGAGGUUUUAAUUUUUUUACUCCUGUGAUUUUUUGGGGGGAAUCUUAUAAACUCAUGCGGAAACAUGUAUUGGUAUUUGAACCCUAAGCCUGAUCCAUAUGUCAAUUAUUAUGAAAUAAGCCUGCAGUACAUUAGAUUAUGUAAAUUACUCUGAUGUCUGGUGUGCGUGUGCAUCUGCUGAGUGACCACAAUGCACCUGUCCAUCUGUGUUAUUUCUCUGCUGUUCCCACAGUGGACCUGUUUGAAUUAGAAGGGAGGGAGAGAAUUGACACUUUCAACGGUCUUUAUUACAAGCAGCUGCUUUCCUCCAUUUAUUCCCCCAAACUGCACUUUUCUGGAGAAAUCAUUGAAUUAUGAUUUGUAUUACCCUCGUGACCCCCUAAAACCCCCCUCAAUCGCCUUUCCUCGCCCACGUUGCUUCCUCCUUGUCCUCCUUUUUCUUCCUCCGUCUCUCCCUGAUCCAACCACUGGCCUCCCACUUUUUCUUCCCACAUUACUUCAAAGCACUGCUCUCCCCUCACCUCUCUGUCUGUCUCCCGCUCUCUUCUUGACACUCAGCACGAACCACUAGCCCACGCCGCCAACCCUCCUCCUCUACUCCUCCUUCCCUAUUCCCCCUCUCUCCCAUGAUCAAGUCACUUCCAGCUGUUUUUCCUGCUGAAGAAGACAGUUGUCUAAAUGUUUACGCAAACAACUACUUUCUUUUUCUUAACGCCCUGAUCAAGUUCCAAAAUGAACUUCAUGGCAUGUGUUACAAUACUGAGGAUGACGGGCCAAAUACAUUUGAUGACGUUAUUAUGUACUUGCUUUUCAAGUCAGGAAGUGUAUUACAAAGGCAGAUAAAAUGGCAUUAUUAUUGAGGAAAUGCAGGAUACUAUGAGAAGGAAAUGUUCAGGGGGAAAUAUGCUAAGAAAGAUGCCAGUAAAGUAAACAUGAGUGGAUGAAAUUGCACAAUUGAGCCGGACCACAGCUCCACCAGCCAAGUCAUCUGCUGAGAUGGAGAGGGAGAGAAAGAAAGAGAAAGAAAGAAAGAAAGAGAGAGAGAGAGAAAUAAAUAAUGAGAGAGUUAAAGUACCAGUCAUAGCUUAAGUAAACAACAUAGAAAAAACUGAUUGGUGGUGAGCUGCUGCAUCGUCAGGUUUUCAUGUUGGCGUCUCAGUCUGAUAUCCCUCAGCAUUGGUGUCUUCUUACCAGGCCUUCAAAUCAUCACUCAGUCUCCACAUGAUAGAGACAGACAGUCUUUGUUCAAGCAGAGGAGAGUGGUGUGGCUAGUGGCUGCCCCAUGUCUUCUUCAGUAUGUUUUGCUUGGAGCGUUCUGUCUCCACCAGGCAGUGAAAUAGUCAGACCGCAGACCUGAUCAACAGACAAGACAGAUUUAAGUGGACACCGUUUAAUCUAGAAUAUCAUAUUGCCGUUUCUCAAGGCUUGACUCUAAUGAUAUUAUUCAUUUACGGUACUUCUCCUAAAGUACCCGUUUCAGAUCUAACCCGGGGUCUAAUAGUCAUGUAUGAGUGUACACACACACACACACACACACACACACACACACACACACACACACACACACACACACACACACACACACACACACACACACACACACACACACACACACACACACACACACACACACACGGAUGGCAGACUGCCCUGUCACUGUUCAGGACUGGCUGUUCCAGAUUAGGUCAGAUUUAAUUAGGCUUCCCUGCUCCUUUUGGAGUGUCGGUUCUUGUAGAAAAAGUCAUUACUAAAGAAAAGGCAAUGUUACUGACGGCCUGAACUGAACACACACUGAGACGCCUGCCAGAAUGUCACACAGGGUACACACACUCUCCUACACACACUCCCCAUUUAUAUCACGCACACACACACACACACACACACACACACACACACACACACACACACACACACACACACACACACACACACAACCAAUAUGAUCCCAUAUAGAAAUGGUGGAUUUACUGAGGUGAUUGAGGUGGAAAUAGAAUUUGAAUUUGUGGUUACAGAGAUGGAAAGUUCAACAGGCAUGUAUACUGAAUAGGGAAAGGGGAAGACAGAGGCACUAAACUUACAGUAAAACUUCACCAAUUUACAUCAGAUUUUAUUCUGGUUUUUCCAGGAAGAUAAUGGAAUUUAAUUUACUAAACAAGCACACCAGUAUUUUUUUAUUUUAUUAAUUUAAAAUAGUUCAGUUUUUUCAAGCGCUUUCAUGAAAAUAAAAACCAAGGGUUUGAAUACAAAGCAAUAAACAAAAAACCAAACAGUAUUUUUCUAAGUUACAUUUUCAAUAUUGUUCUUAUUUUGCAUUAGUGAAAUGAAUGUAUUUAUUGCAUGUCUAAAUGUUUUAUAGGUAAUUGUUUUGUGUACAUUUCAAUUGUGGGAUAUUAUCAUUAUUUUCUUUAAUUCCAAUGUCUAAAUAAAUCAUGUUUGAUAAGGCUUUUAUUUGUUUUAAGCCAUUGUGAAAAUGUUAUGUUUUUGUUUGUUUCUAUACUCAAAAUCAACUUGGCAAUAAAAAUGAAUUGCAUAAUGGUUUCACAAA